CAAACACUAAGUAUACACUCGUUUGUGAUGCGUCGCACUUGGGUCCUGUUUUACUUAUUCCUAAUUGGGUUGGCAUUGGUAAAGACCACACCGAAAGAACUUCACUCAGAAUCGAUUUUUGAAGAUGACGUCGCUCUAAGGUCCAAGUCAAGUAAAGCUGAUGCUCUGCUUACAAAAACUACAACAAAAGCGUCAGCAUCAAAUUUAUUCUUUAAAGUCAUUACAACAACCCGACCACCUGUGACAAUCAGGCGCGUUGUAGCCAAGUCAAAGGGUAAGGAUCCAGAAAGAACUGACCUCCACCGCAAGCACCUCACACAUCACAAACAUCACUCAAAAAACAAAAAAAAGAAUCCACAUAAUCGUGCCGAAGCGAAUCGAAACAAGGAUCAUAGUCCCCAUGAUCCCCACAAAAACCUGAAAAGAAAGGCAGAGGCACUCCCUAAGUCAAAUCAGAAUAUAAAUGGCACUACUUCUCUGGAAGCCAAGAGUACGUCUUUAAAAGAUGUACAUAAGUGAACGUCAAUUUCUUUGCGUCAAUACCUACUACGUAUCCCUGACCAUAUAAAUGUAAUGAUGUAAUGUAUUGCCAACAAAUAAUAAAUUAAACUAACUAAAAAC